AUGCUGUUGUCAUCUUUCGUCAGGUUUUCCGCGUUGCUGUGCUUAGCUCUGCUCGCAAGUGCCGACCUCCGAUCAGACUUGUCCGGGAAGGGCUUCACUGUCUCGUUCCCAGGAGAUUCCCAAUACUCUUCUCUUAGUCAAGCAUACAAUCAACGAUAUACCUUCCAACCAGCAGCUAUCGCCCUACCGAAUACCCCUCAAGAUGUAUCCGCCAUAAUUACAGCAAGUGCUGCAAACAACUACCAAGUUGUCGCUCGCAGUGGAGGACACAGUUACAUCGCCAAUGGACUUGGGGGCCGGGACAGCUCGGUAGUUGUUGACCUUCGCAACUUUAAAUCCAUCUCCGUGGAUCCUUCCACUGGAAACGCGGUCGUUGGAUCUGGAAGCAGACUGGGGGACAUUGCGUUAGCGCUGAACAAUGCUGGAAGGGCAAUGUCCCAUGGAACAUGUCCUUAUGUGGGAAUUGGAGGACAUUCAGGAUACGGGGGAUGGGGAUUUACUUCGCGUAUGUGGGGACUAGUAUUGGACAACAUUCUCUCAAUCAACGUCGUCACCGCUGAUGGAUCCAUUAAAACCGCAUCAAGUACCUCGAAUUCCGACCUAUUCUGGGCUCUUCGAGGCGCUGCGGGAUCGUUUGGUAUCACCACCUCAAUAACAUUCAAAACAUACCCCGUGCCCUCCUCCGCAACAAUUAUUGGCUACAACUGGGACCUUACUGCGGCUGCUGCCGCGGAUGCCCUAGGCCGUUUCCAGACAUACGCUACAUCGAACAACAUUCCUGCGACCUUUGGACCCGAACUCACAUUCUCCAAGGGCAGUGCACAGGGUCGAGUUACGUUCAGUCUCGGUGGUGGCUUCUACGGUCCCGCGAGUCAGCUCGACGCGAUUUUAUCACCGUUCCUCAGCCAGAUGCCUGCGUCUCCUGGCGGCGGCCGUACGACGGGAAGCUACAUCAAUAGUGUCGCGUCGCUGACGGGUGGACUACCCCUGAACACGGCGAGUGGGCCCGACAGGAGGGACACAUUCUACGCGAAGAGCUUGAUGACACCCCAGUCGGCGCCAAUUGCGGACGCAGCGCGCAAGGCAUUCUUCAACUACCUGGCGAAUGAUGGAUUCAACGCAAACACUGCGUGGUUUGUGCAAGCUGAGCUGUAUGGAGGUUCCAACUCUGCUAUCAACUCGGUAGGCGCGGACGCCACUUCGUACGCGCACCGCUCCUCGCUCCUCACAUGGCAAUUCUACGCGAACUCGUUCAGCGGCAAUCUGCCCUACCCUUCGCAGGGCCUUGGGUUCGUUGAUGGAAUGGUCAACGCGUUGGUGGCAAACAGUCCGUCAAACUGGGAUAUCGGAGCGUACACGAACUACAUCGACGACCGUCUGCAGAACUGGCAACAGAUGUACUUUGGCGCUCACUACUCCCGUCUGCAUGACCUCAAGAACCAGUUUGAUCCCAACGGAGUGUUCACAUUCCCCACAGGCAUUCAAGGCGACGUUGUCCCGAACCCACCGACCAACACCAACGGCGUCGCAAUCCAUCCCAAUGGAAACACCGCCAAAUGCCUCGAUGUCCGUGCGGCAGAAUAUGCCAACGGAACUCCAGUGCAAAUAUAUGACUGCAACGGCACAGGUGCACAGAAGUGGGUGAUCAACCGCGGGACAACGGCUGUACGUGUGGCUGGGACCAACUUCUGCUUGGAUGCCGGUUCAGCGCCCGCGAACGGCAUUGGGAUGAAAAUUUGGACUUGCUAUGAUAACCUCGCAGCACAGACGUGGAACUACAACUCGAACAACAUGCUAGCGCUCUCUGUUCAAGCAACCUGA